UGUUUAUUCGUGGAAUGCAGUGUGUGAUGAAACGUGUUACUAACCCCCUUCUACAACAAUCAAAUGAAACCGAUUGGGACAUUCUGUAGCCUACAGCCCGGACUUUGGGAACGCGUACGGUGCUAUUACGCACGGAUGUCGCUCGGCUCAACCUGGAAGUGCGCUGGGUCUAUCCGGAGGCUCGGCGGAGAGUAGGUGUCUUUGUAAAACAUAAAGAUCUGAAUUACAGCGACUGUUAUCUGGACGAGCGGUUGACGUUGUCACAACAACUGUGGCCACAGUCUGAGGCAAAGAACUUCGGGAGAUCCCGGCGAUCUCCGUGGCGAGCAACUUGGCCCGAUCCGUUUGAAGAGCGACUCCUCGCUGCGUGUUGAAUAUGAAAGACGCGCUCCACAGACUCACUGCGAUGACAUUCCACUAGUAGUCGAGAUAAGCUUUACGCGGAGGCUACCAGCUGGUUGCUAAGAAGGGUUAAACUGUAUCCAAAGGGAGUUGGAAAACCCAGCCUUUCUUCCUGCACAGAUCAACUCAUUGGGUGGGAGCUGAGAGAGAGACAAGAGUCCCCAGCAAAUCAGGAGCUAAUUGAUUAAAGAGACUUCAUUUGAAUAGGGGGCUGGCGAGGUGCCAAUCGCCUUUCAAAGAAGCCCCCGUAUGAUUAAUCGCAGAGCAUUAUUGAUAAUCAUAACGGGGCACAUGCGCGGUGGAUGGGCUGGAGUUUGGUAAUUUUGAGGAGAUUUUUUAGUCAUUUUUUAUUCUUUGCUCGCUGAUGUGCCAGCCAGCAUGUCGCGGAGGAAACAAGCGAAGCCGCAACACUUCCAGACCGACCCUCAUGUGCCCUUAUCGGAGCACAAUGGGGACACAGAGCAUUGCUCAGAAGAGCCCCCCUGUAAGGAGUCAGAUGCCCACGUCUGCGGCAGAUGUUGCGCCGAGUUCUUUGAGAUAUCGGAUCUUGAAGAACACCAGAAGAAUUGCACUAAGAAUCAAUUAGUUCUGAUAGUGAAUGAAAAUCCCGCCUCCCCGGCCGAAUCCUUCUCACCCGGAUCCCCCCCCCAUAAUCCCGACGACCCCAUGAAUGACACGGCUAAUACCACCGAUCAGGCUGAGGGCAGUGACCUUCUGGAGUCCAUCACACUCGAUAAAGCAGAAUCCAUGGACGUGGACGUCAGCAGUGGCCAUGAGGAGGAGGGCGGUCACACGGAACCCGGGAGCCCCGACGACGGCGACGGAAACCACGGUGGCAGGGAGAGCUCAGGUCCCGCCUCAGCUACCUCCGUUAUCACCGCCCCUCAGCCCCCGCAGCUCGGCAAACUGACCGGCCUGGGAAGCUUCUCCAUGAUCAACAGCAACGUCAUCAUUGAAAACCUCCAGAGCACCAAAGUGGCCGUUGCGCAGUUCUCCCAGGACACCCGUACCCCAGGGGCACCACGGGUGGCCGUGCCCGCUCUGAUGGAGCAGCUCCUCGCGCUGCAGCAGCAACAGAUCCACCAGCUGCAGCUCAUCGAGCAGAUCCGCCACCACAUAUUGCUACUGGCAUCGCAGUCUCCUGAAAUGCAAGCACCCCCAAGUUCUACUCCAGGCACAAUGGGGUCCACUGCCAGCCCACUGACCACGCUGAGCUCCCAUCUCUCCCAGCAGCUGGCAGCAGCCGCGGGCCUCGCACAGAGCCUGGCUAGUCAGUCAGCCAGUAUCAGCAGCCUCAAACAGCUGGCCGCAGCAGCACAGCUACCUCAGCCUAACCCUGGCAGAAGUGAGACAUCUCAGACCAUUAGCACACUAGGGCCAACAACAAUCAAUGCCCAUUCCUCUGACAAGAGGCCCACUCAUUUAAGCAGCCUCCACUCUCAACUUAGCAACCCCUCACUUACUAAGUCCUCUACGCCAGCAUUUGGGAUAGGUAGCCUGUUCAAUUCUGCAGUGAAUCCACUUCUACCUCAGCCCCCACCUGGCAACUCUAUGUUUUCGAGCACUCUCCCGAGUGUUGGCACCACUGUUGAAGACCUUAGUUCAUUAGCAGCACUGGCGCAACAGAGGAAAGGCAAACCACCAAACGUAACUUCUUUUGAACACAAGAGCAGCUCAGAGGAAGCUUUCUUUAAGCAUAAGUGCAGGUUCUGUGCCAAGGUCUUUGGGAGCGACAGCGCCUUGCAGAUCCACUUGCGCUCACAUACCGGGGAAAGACCAUACAAGUGUAACAUCUGUGGAAACCGCUUCUCCACCCGUGGAAACCUGAAGGUCCAUUUCCAGCGACAUAAAGAUAAGUACCCACACAUUCAGAUGAACCCAUAUCCCGUUCCUGAACAUUUAGAUAACAUACCGACAAACACAGGUAUUCCCUAUGGUAUGUCUAUGCCCCCUGAAAAGCCUGUCACCAGCUGGCUGGACAGCAAACCAGUCUUGUCAACUUUGACCUCAUCUGUUGGCAUGCUGCUGCCACCAACGAUGCCUAGCCUACCACAUUUCAUUAAAAAAGAGGAUCAUUCCAUAGCCAUAACAAGCCCUUCGAUAGCAUCAAAGAAUGACUCAGGUGCUGAUCUGUCGACCAAGAGCAAUGAUGGCGCAUCGGAAGAGGGAGAAAGUGCAACCCUGCCUACCUCAAACGGGAAAUCUGAAGAAGGCAGUCAUUCCUCAAGCUUUCCAGCAAGUUUGAGCUCUACCUUUGAGAGUAUGGCAGAGUACACCACAUCAAACAGCCCCCCAAUGAUGACCAACCCUCUAAUGCCUCUCAUGUCUGAUCAGUUCAAGGCUAAGUUCCCAUUUGGGGGCAUUCUGGAUCCCCUCCAAGGUUCAGAGACCUCAAAGCUACAACAGCUCGUGGAGAACAUUGACAGAAAAGUGACGGACCCAAAUGAAUGUGUCAUCUGCCACCGUAUACUCAGCUGUCAGAGUGCUCUGAAAAUGCAUUACCGCACUCACACCGGGGAAAGGCCAUUCAAGUGUAAAGUCUGUGGCAGGGCGUUCACCACAAAGGGUAAUCUGAAAACUCACUACAGUGUCCAUAGGGCCAUGCCUCCUCUGAGAGUCCAGCACUCCUGCCCAAUUUGUCAGAAGAAGUUCACUAACGCUGUGGUUCUGCAACAGCACAUUCGCAUGCACAUGGGGGGGCAGAUCCCAAACACCCCGCUGCCCGACAGCUACCCAGAGUCCAUGGUCUCUGACACAGGCUCUUUCGAGGAGGCAAACUUUGAUGACCUCGACACCUUCUCAGAUGACAUUGAAGGCAUGGAGGAGGGCCUCGACGGCAGUGUGCCGGACACACCCAGGUCUGCCGAUGCCUUCCACGACAGCCUGUGCAACUCCCCGACUCCUCCUGAUAUGACUCUCCAAGACGUGCAAGACAGGGCCAGAGAGGAGCAUCAUGGGAUCAUCCACCAGAAUAACGAAACCGACGAACAUCAUAUGAGCCGUAUGAGGGCAAUGUUGAACGGUUCGAUGGAAGUAGAUUGCCUCACCAAUGACUCUUCAUCUCUGGGAGGGGAUGGUGAAAGUCGAAGCCCUGGGAGUCCAGCCGUGUCAGAAACUACCUCCUCCAUGCAGGCCCCAUCCCCCACAAAUGGGCAGCCAGAACAGCGUAAAUCCCCCAGUUUGGAAGAGAGGCACCAGAGGGCCUUAUCCCUGGAGCACAUUAGUGCGAGUCUCAUGCACUCUCACCCUUCCAGCAUAGGAGCACUAGACCUCACAUCUGUCAAUCCUUUGAAAGAACCACUGGGCAUGAUGUUCCCCUUCCGUGAGCGGAGCACCAUCAGAAACACAGCCUGUGACAUCUGUGGGAAGACAUUUGCUUGUCAGAGUGCCUUGGAUAUCCACUAUCGAAGCCAUACCAAAGAACGACCAUUCAUUUGCACGGCUUGUAAUCGAGGUUUCUCAACCAAAGGCAACUUGAAGCAGCAUAUGCUCACGCAUCAGAUGAGGGACUUGCCCUCCCAGCUUUUCGAGCCCUCCACUACCAGCAUCUGCUCCAGCCCCACUCCCUCCUUCCUCUCCGUGAGCUCCUUCAUCAAGCCGGAGGUCAACGGGUUCUUCAGCAGCUUCCACCCGGAGAUCAGGGAGAUGCCCCCCGGCCUGGUCACCUCCUCGGCCUCCACCUCUCCUGUGCUCUCCAACGCCCCGCCACGUCGGACUCCCAAGCAGCACUACUGCAACACCUGUGGGAAGACCUUCUCCUCGUCCAGCGCCCUCCAGAUCCAUGAGAGAACUCACACCGGCGAGAAGCCAUUCGCCUGCUCCAUCUGCGGCCGGGCCUUCACCACCAAAGGCAACCUGAAGGUUCACAUGGGUACACACAUGUGGAACAGCGCCCCGGCCAGACGGGGCCGUAGGCUCUCGGUGGACGGCCCCAUGGCCUUCCUGGGGACCAACCCCAUCAAGUUCCCGGAGAUCUUCCAGAAGGACAUGCCUUCGAGGCUCAGCAACGGAGACCCCACCAGCUUCUGGAACCAGUACGCCGCCGCCUUCUCCAGCGGCCUGGCCAUGAAGGCCAACGAGAUCUCGGUGAUCCAGAGCGGAGGCGUGCCGUCCAUGUCCGGCAGCCUGGGGAACGGGGGCAGCUCCCCCAUCGGGGGGCUGACGGGCAGCCUGGACAAGCUGCACGGGGCGGGCCCCAACACCGCUCUGGCCGGCCUGGAGAAGAUGGCCAACACGGAGAACGGGACCCACUUCCGGUUCACCCGCUUCAUGGAGGACAAUAAAGAGAUUGCCACUAACUAGGGGGGGGGGGGGGGGGGGGGG